AUGGCUGCCAACAGGAAGAAACUGGUUACUGUUGAUGAUGGAUCUGGCAAGACUUGCUUGCUCAUAGUCUUUAGCAAGGACCAGUUCCCAGAGGUGCAUGUGCUCAUGGUGUUUGAGAACUAUGUGGUAGAUAUCAAGGUGGAUGGAAAGCAGAAAACGUCCCAGAUAAAUGGACCCCGGAAAUCAAGCAUUUCUGUACCAAUGUGCCCAUCAUCCUUGUUGGGAACAAGGAGGAUCUUCGAAAUAAUGAGUACACAAGGCGGGAGCUAG